AUCUCCUUCUAAACUAACACUACCUUAUUUAUUUUUUCAAUUCUCUCUCUCUCCCUUUCUUUUAUACUAAAAGAGAUAUAUAUACUCUUAGUAGUAUUUUCAUACUUAUAUAAACAUUUUUCCUCAUUUCUUGAAGAUAAUUUGAUCUCAAUUAUUUUGCUCCUCUAUCUCAAAUAUGAAUCAUAUUCAUAGAUAUUUGGAGUUGUGGGAAAAAAUCUUAUAGGUUAUGACUUGCACUAAUUAUGAAAUGGCUUUCUUCCCAACAAAUUUCAUGCUACAAACUCAUCAUGAAGAUGAACAUCAACCUUCAACUUCUCUCAAUCCCAUUCUUCCCUCAUGCUCACCUCAAGACUUUCAUGGUAUUGCUUCAUUUUUGGGAAAAAGAUCCAUGUCAUUUUCUGGGAUGGAGGGAAAUAAUGCUUGUGAGGAAAAUCAUGGAGAGGAUGAUUUGUCUGAUGAUGGAUCACAAGCAGGGGAAAAGAAAAGAAGACUCAAUAUGGAACAAGUAAAAACUCUUGAGAAGAAUUUUGAAUUAGGAAACAAACUUGAACCUGAAAGGAAAAUGCAAUUAGCAAGAGCACUAGGGUUGCAACCAAGACAAAUUGCAAUUUGGUUUCAAAAUAGAAGAGCAAGAUGGAAGACUAAGCAAUUGGAGAAAGAUUAUGAAAUUCUUAAGAGACAAUUUGAUGCUAUCAAAACUGAAAAUGAUGCUCUACAAACUCAAAACCAAAAGCUUCAUGCAGAGAUAAUGUCACUAAAGAAUAGGGAGGGGGAGCAGCCAACAGAAUCAAUCAAUUUGAACAAGGAAACAGAAGGAUCAUGCAGCAAUAGAAGUGAAAACAGCUCAGAAAUAAAGCUAGACAUUUCAAGAACACCAGCCAUUGACAGCCCAUUAUCCAAUCAUCAUCAUCCAAAUAUUUCUAGCAGACCUUUUUUCCCACCUUCAAUGAUAAGGCCUAAUAAUAUAAAUAAUAAUGGGGUAGUGGUUCCUCAUCAACUCUUCCAUAUCAAUUCAUCUUCAUCAAGACAAGAUCUCAAAUUGAUGGACCAAAGUACCAACAGUAAUGUCAAAGAAGAAAGCCUAUCCAACAUGUUUUGUGGCAUUGAUGACCAAACAAGUUUUUGGCCAUGGCUAGAGCAACAACAUUUUAAUUGAACUUUUUUGGAGACCAAAAAGGUUUUACUUUUAAAAAAGUUGUUGAGUUGAAGGAGCAUUUUAAAUUAUAUUAUAUGAUCAAUCAUAUUUCUUUUGAGUUCAUGAGAGAGAGAGAGAAAAAAAAGAAGAAAAAGUUAUUACUUACUCCUAUUUGUUUUGUAUUGUAUUAGGCAUUUGUAUAAAGUAACCAAGUACAUUUCAAGUACUUAAGGAUCUUUAUGGAGAGAAAUAUUAAUAAAGACAUGUCUUUUUUCCUCUUA